CAUAUAUUCUAUGCAAUCUGAAAGUCUUUUAAUGAAAGUGCAUGGGUACCUACUUAUUCUACAACUUUGGAACUUGGAAGAAAUAUUACACACUCAGUAACUAACCUUAAAACCAUAGGUUUACAUUAUUUUUGUGUCGGUAAACUUAUUUGUUACUGAUUAUAAAGUUGUUAAUUUGAAUCGAAUAUGUACUUCAUAACAUAUUCCUCGUGGUAUUUUUAAAACAUGGACAAAGUUAUAAAUUCACAGUUUUCUGAACAGGAUCUCGGUGACUUGGUGAGUAGCUUUGAAUAUAUCAAUAUGAACAGUGAAGUAACAUCGAGUUCAGAUUUUGGAAUGCCAGCCCUUCCCAACCAGUUAAUCAAGCGUCACAAGAUGCCGGGGAUCAUUUAUGGAGAGCCACCAGCCAAGAAGCCGGUCCCGUCCAUUCGCCUCGAUGCCGGCUUCAAAUGGAACCUGCAGGCGCUGGCCCGGGCGGCGGACGCGGUGGAGCGCGGCGGGAAAUCCCCGGUGUCGGCGCUGAACGAGCUGGGCAUGCGCGUGGCGUACAGCGUGCUGCGGCAGGGCGGCCCCGCCCACUGCCCCAGCUUCACCGUGGCGGUCACCGUCGCGGACCUCACGUUCCAGGGUGCGGGGCACAGCAAGCGCGAGGCCCGCGCCGCCGCCGCCCGCUCGUGCCUGGCCGAGCUGCUGGCGCGCGCCGGCCGCGUCCUCCCCGCCCCGCCCUCCGCCUCCGCACACCACGACUUCACCAGUGACGAUCCCGCCGCCUGCCCAGAUUUCCAAUGUCAGUCCAACAAGAUCCCGUACCCGAUCGAGAUGAAGCCGAUCGCGGAGACGCCGGCCGCGUCCGCCGCAGGGGGCGGGGCGAGCGCGGGUGCGGGGGGCGCGGGGGGCGGGCUGUUCGGCGCGGCCCCGCCCAGCGCGCACAAGAGCCCCAUCAACAAGCUGUACGAGAGCUACCCGGGGCUGGCGUUCACGUGCACGUACGGCGACGGCUCCUCGCUGGACCUGCCGCAGGCGCCGCAGCAGCUCAGCCACAGCAUGCGCUUCAAGGUCGUCUGCUACAUCAAGGACCAGAGGUUCGAGGGAUACGGAUCGAGCAAGAAGCUAGCGAAGCUGGCGGCGGCGCGCGCGGCCCUGGGCGAGCUGUGCGAGCGCGUGCGGCCCGGGCCCGCCGACGCGCCCGCGCCGCACCCGCAACUCCCGCAGCUGCUGGCCGACCACAUCUCGCGCCUCGUCAACGAGAAGUUCAACGACCUGGUGCGCGGCGACCUGGUGCACUCCAAGCGCAAGGUGCUUGCCGGCAUCGUUAUCACCACGGACUUCAGCGUGGAUACCGCCAGGGUGAUCGCGGUGACGACGGGCACCAAGUGCGUGUCGGGCGAGCAGAUCUCCGUCAGCGGCCGCGCCGUCAACGACUGCCAUGCCGAGGUGGCCGCCAGGAGAUGUCUACAGCGGCAUCUGUACUCCCAGCUGUAUAUGUACGCCAAGUCGACAGACCCUCGAGUGCCGAUCGAGGAGUCAGACCUGGAGCCGGUCCCGGGCGGCGGGUACCAGCUGCGCGCCGACCGCCAGAUACACCUGUACGUGAGCACCGCGCCCUGCGGCGACGGCCGCAUCUUCAGCCCGCACGAGCACGCCGACCCCGAGCCCGACCGACACCCCAACAGAUUAGCUCGAGGUCAGCUGAGGACGAAGAUCGAGUCCGGCGAGGGCACAAUCCCGGUGAAGAACUGCAGUAACGUCGUGCAGACCUGGGAUGGCGUGCUGCAGGGCGAGCGGCUGCUGACGAUGUCGUGCUCGGACAAGGCGGCGCGGUGGUGCGCGCUCGGGCUGCAGGGCGCGCUGCUGGCGCGGCUGCUGCGCCCCGUGCACCUCACCUCGCUCGUGCUCGGCUCCUUGCUGCACCCGCAUCACAUGCACAGGGCGAUAUGCGGUCGCAUCGAGGGCCACAUCUCCGGUCUGCCGCCACCGCACCGCCUGACGCGGCCGCUGCUCGCGCGCGCCGCCAGCACGGAGGCCCGCACGCCCGCCCGCGCCCCCUCCUUCAGCGUGUGCUGGGCCAGCACUAGCCCGACGCCUGAGAUCCUGAACGCGACGACGGGCAAGCUGGAGAGCGGGCAGCCGUCGCUGCUGUGCAAGCAGAGCAUGUUCGCGCGCUGGCAGUAUCUCGUGCGCCGUCUGCCGCUGCUGCAGCCGGUAUUUGAUGAAACGGCGGAGGGUCCGGAGCUGCCGCCGCUGCCGGCCGACCUCGACCACCUCAUGUACAACGAGGCCAAGCUACUCUCCACUAACUACCAGGUGGCCAAGGAUCGUCUGGUGGGAGCGUUCGAGAAGGCGCAGCUGGGGCGGUGGAUCAAGAAGCCGAUAGAGCAGGACCAGUUCGUCUGCGAGCUGCUCCAAGCCGACCCCGCGCUGCUGUUCGCCUAGGCGGGCCGCACGCACGCCCGCACGCUCGCCCGCACGCACACGCGCACGCAACGCGUACGCACACCGGGGUAGGCAGCGUAGUUUACUUACACGGAAAUAAUUUUUUGCCAAUCGGCGCGACUCGAUGUAUACGUAUGACGCGAAAGAAAAUGAGGAUGUUAAGUGAGAUGAGCGGGUGUUAUUUCUGAAAUAUUUAUUCCUACUGCCAUCGUCUUUUAAUGUGUCAAAUUUAACUGUGAGUCAUCAUUGAUUAUUUCAAGUUACAUAUUGUAGAAAUUUUAUCUUUAGAACUAAAAUUCACCACAGACUAUUCUAGUAGUUUAUUCGAUUAAAAUAUAUUUAUAGAAAUUAACAAUAAUUGUUAAUUGGUAAUUAUUACAGUACAAAAUAGUAUACAUAUACAAAGAUAUUAUCUUCUACAAACACUUCCCUACCUACCCUUACCAUGUUACAAUAAUAGAAAAAAUCUCCUGGUGAUAUUUCACCUUAAAUUAUUUUAUUAUAAGAUUUAGCAAAAAUAUUUACGUCUCAUUAGUUAGACCAACAACAAAAUUAGACCUACUUAAAAUUAAAAAGUAGUAUAUAGUUCCUAAAAUUAACACUUCAAAACAGUUGAUAGCAACUUCUUGCCUUUUUAAAUUUGUUAAAGAUAUCUACUACUAGUUCAUGUUUUAAAAUUAAAUUAAACACUGCCUUUUCAAAUCAACAAUCGGUUGAAUUAUUGGACAUAUUGUUGAGCACUAAUUUUACAAGACUAAAUAAGUCUAAAAUAAUUGUUGCUACUCGAUUAUAUUGUAGUCAUUACUCUACCAAACCUUCGCUUUAAAAAGUAAAGUAAUUGGAGAGUUGUUUAACUACUUUUAAAAUUAUCCUAAAUUAUAUUCUUAUAGUAACAUUCUAAAAUUAGGCUAUGGCAUAUGGCGUAGAGUCACUUAUAGAUAAGCCGUGGAGAAUAGAAUCGGACAGAAUAGCGUGACCCAAAAAGGCAGCCCUAUUCUCCGUGAGUUUAGUAUGAGCUGUCAAAAUGACAGGAGCUGUCAACAUGGCAGCUGAGCGUAGAGUAGUGCGGCGCGUGCGACGGUCAACUUAGGCAGCAGUUUCGAAUGUACCGUGGUUAAAGCCGGUUCACCGUUCCAGGGGUUUCGAGAAAUAGCGCCAGGGCUGUGUUGCUAGGUUUAAUUACUUUAUCAUACAAACCGCCUAUGGUGUCAGGUCACUUUGAUCAUAAUUUGUCUGCAUUUGAUAUAGUUCUUAAGUUUUUUAUGCUAAGUUUGUUCUAAGAUCUGUACUUUUAAGUAUAAGUGGAUAUUUUUUGUUAUUUCUUGAUAUUAUGCUUAAAGUUUUGUUUUGCUAUGCAACAAAUCAACAAUGAUUUGUUUCAACCUUUAAGUGUGAACUGGCCUUAACUCGAAAGUAACUCUCGAAUCUACUUAAGGUAGCUUUAAGAUAAAACGUAGUUUAAGUAAGACCUUUAAGAAAGUGUUUGUAUAGAAGUAAGGAAACCUUAUUUGAUGUUUAGUGUUGUCGAUUUCUAUAAGGUAAACAAUCAUUGAUUAAUAAGAGAACCAGAUUUUUUUGUUAUUUUACAAAAUAUAAUAUCAUGUAUAAUUUUUACUUUUAUCAUAUUAUGAGACCGUAAAGUGGAAAGAAAUGUUAAAAAUGCAUGUUUUUGUCAACAAACUUGUUGUUUCAUCAGACUAAUAUAUUUUCUUCUAUUUUAAAGAAACAUUAGGCUCAUCUUGGCGGGGGCACUCCCGUGCCCCCAGAUUUUAGCAAGUAAUAGUUUAUGUAUGUAUACAGGAUGUUUGUAGUGUAAAGCACGACUCUUGAUCUCGCGCGGUUCGUCCGCACCCUGUAUACUGUCAGUAUUAGACCAAACACUAGAGUUUUAAGUGGAUUAUAGUGAUCGCACAAAUAAAUUUUUCUAAUAA